AUGUUGAAAGUUGAAAAUAAUGAACUUGUAGUGAUGAAGUCUAAACAACCAUCCGGUUAUCAAAAACGUAAAAAGAGAAAACUAGAUGACGAAAAGAGAAAGGUUGACGCCGGUGCUCUAGAUAAGUUUAUCCAUAGACAACCUGUUGAAGAGCACAUUGAAGAGCAUUUUGAAGAGCACAUUGAAGAGCAUGUUGAGGAGCACAUUGAAGAUCAAGAGCAUGUAGAAGUAAAGGAGAUAGAAAAGCAUGAGCCUGUUAAAGAGAUUGUUGUUAUAUAUGAUCCAAGAAGGUGGGAAAAACUUAAUUCUGAUGAGAUUAAAAAUUUGGUUGAAAAAGACGAUUUUCUACAGCUUUAUAUACAAGAACUUUAUCAAAUUUGGAGAAGUGUGAUAGAGAAUGUGUUUAGAAAAGGGAUUUCGAAAGGUAAAUUGGAUGGUGAAGGUUAUGCAGAUUGGCACCAUGUUACCACUAGGGUUAAAGAACACGAAAUUUCAUUGGAUCAUCUUACAAAUAGGAAUAAGUGGUUUGACAUGCGUAAAAGAUUGAACUUGAACGAAACAAUUGAUAAAGUUCAGCAUGAGCAGUUCAAGAAAGAAAGAGAUUACUGGAAACAAGUGCUUUUAAUAAUUAUUGCAGUUGUGAAGUUUCUUGCUAAACAUAAUUUAGCAUUUCGCGGAUCCAAUGAAAAGUUGUAUCAAAAAGGUAAUGAAAUUUUUUUGGGUGUCAUUGAAAUGUUGGAAGAGUUUGACCCGGUUAUCAAAGAGCAUGUGCGACGCAUCACAAGUGAAGGACUUCAUGUGCAUUAUCUUGGCCACCUAAUCCAAAACGAACUAAUAUCUUUGCUAGCUGAAGAAUUUAAAAAAGAACUUAUCAAGAAGAUAAAGGAAGCAAAGUACUACUCAAUCAUACUUGAUUGUUUUUUGAAUGUUGAUGAUACCUCCGGAAAAGAAUUAUUUGAUAUUACACUUGAGGAGUUAAAGUCUCUUGGUCUUCAAGUUGAUGAUAUGCGUGGUCAAGGCUAUGAUAAUGGAGCAAACAUGAAAGGAAAACACCAAGGAGUGCAAAAGAGAUUUUUCGAUAUAAAUCCUAGAGCAUUUUACACUCCUUGUGGUUGCCAUUCUAUUAAUCUAACAUUAUGUGAUAUGGCUAACAAGUGUGUCAAAGGAAAGAACUUUUUUGGAUUCAUCCAACGUAUUUAUACUAUCUUUGCAAAUUCUACUAAGAGGUGGGAAAUUUUGAAAGAUAAUGUUAAAGCUUGGAGUCUUAAGUCAUUAUGUCAAACUCGUUGGGAAAGUCGAGUUGAGAGUGUAAAAGCUAUUAAACUGCAACUUGUGGAUGUACGGGAAGCUUUACUUCAAGUUGGAGAAAAAGAUAAUGCUGCUGCAAUUGCAAGUGAAGCAACUUCACUAGCAGAAAAAGAACUUAGUGACUUUGAAUUUUUGGUAUCAACUGUUGUUUGGUAUGAAGUACUAAACCGUGUGAAUAGUGUGAGUAAGAAGUUACAAUCAAAGGAUAUGCAUCUUGAUAAUGCCAUUACAGAAAUAAACAAAUUGAUUGGGCACUUCAAGGAUUAUAGAGAGAUUGGUUUUUCAAAAGCGAUUGUUGAAGCUAACGAGAUUGCUAUUGAAAUAGGUAUUGAUCCAAUAUUUCCACAAAAGCGUUUGAUUGAAAGGAAAAAAGAUAAAGAUCUUAAGUUAUAUUGUUAUCGUCUUGAAAAAGCACUCAAGUUUGAAGAAAGAUCAGAUAUUGAUGCCGAGGAACUUUAUAUGGAGUUGAAAUUAUUUGAGACAUUGGAAACCAAUGAAUUUAGCAACCCUAUAUAUGUUUUGAAGUUUUUGAAAGAACUUGAUUAUUUCCCAAAUGCAAGCAUUGCAUAUAGAAUAUUGUUGACUAUUCCAGUAACGGUCGCAUCUGCAGAAAGGAGUUUUCCAAAUUGA